AUUUCAGUUUCGAGACGUUACUUUUUCUUUGCAAUUUUCUGGGGCGUCUCUGAUCUUUCUUCUUCAUGUUUCCUCGGUAUUAUCGAUGGAGAUGGAAGCUUUGAAUUUUCUUCCACACCAGAUCUUUUUGUCUGCUAGAGAAUUUCUUCGGCUCUCGUAAUUUCUGUUCAGACUUUUGAGAGUAGGUAAUUUCAGUUUCUUCCAUCGAAUUCGCAAGCUGAUCUUCCCGUCGUCCGCUGAUAAUUACUAACUGAAUCAUGUGCAGUGGUCCAGAUAAAUCAAAAGCCUCCUCAACUUCUUCUUCAUCUACUGUAGAAGGUGCAACUAACAUCAAAGACAUGAAAAAUCUAACUGUUCAUACGGAAGAUUCUUUUUCCAGCUUGCUGGAAUUUGCUGCUAACAAUGAUGUUGACGGUUUCAAGCUACUGCUAGAUAGGGAUAUUUCUUCAAUAAAUGAAGCUGGGCGUUGGUAUUGUCGCCUAAUGGGGUCAAAACAAAUUAUUCUUGAUGAUAGAACUCCAUUAAUGGUUGCUGCAACCUAUGGCAGUAUUGAUGUUCUUAAGCUUAUACUCUCUUAUCCAGAGGCCAAUGUUAAUUUCACAUGUGGGAUAAGCAAGAGUACUGCCCUUCACUGUGCUGCGUCAGGUGGAUCUGAUAAUGCGGUUGAUGUUGUGAAGCUUCUUAUUGAAGCUGGUGCUGAUCUUAGUUGCAAGGAUGCUAGUGGGAAUCGUCCUGUUGAUGUUAUUGUUCUUCAUCCGAAGCUGCAAGUCAUGAGAGCAAUACUGGAGGAGCUUCUUUCUGAUAGUGCCUCUCAUGACUCCACAGGUGACUGCUCUAUUCCAAUACCUGUUAAUUCAUCUAGUCCUGGUUUACCUGCCCAUUUAUUUUCCCCCGAGAAUGGAGUACCAUCCUCUCCUUCAAGCUCACCUUCUUCUCCAGUGGCCUUAAAGUUGACUGACACCCCUGUUAGCUCUACCUUAGAGAAGAAAGAGUAUCCAAUUGAUCCAUCGCUUCCUGACAUAAAAAACAGCAUUUAUGCAACGGAUGAGUUUCGCAUGUUCUCAUUCAAGGUUCGCCCUUGCUCCCGUGCAUACUCUCAUGAUUGGACCGAGUGCCCUUUUGUUCAUCCAGGAGAGAAUGCUCGUAGGAGAGACCCCAGGAAAUUCCAUUACAGUUGUGUGCCAUGCCCUGAUUUUCAGAAGGGGGCUUGUAGGCGGGGGGAUAUGUGUGAAUAUGCACAUGGAGUAUUUGAAUGCUGGCUACACCCUGCUCAGUAUCGCACUCGACUCUGCAAAGAUGGCACAAAUUGUAACAGAAGGGUGUGUUUUUUUGCUCACACAGCCGAAGAGUUGCGUCCACUUUAUGUGUCCACUGGAUCUGCUGUUCCUUCUCCACGAGCAUCUGCCUCUGCUCCCAAUGUCAUGGAUAUGGCUGCUGCAAUGAACCUGUUACCUGGUUCUCUUUCAUCAGUGUCUUCUAUGUCUCCUUCUCACUUUAACCAGCCGAUGUCUCCGUCUGGUAAUGGCAUCUCACACUCAUCUCCAGCCUGGCCACAGCCCAAUGUGCCAGCCCUUCAUCUUCCAGGAAGUAAUCUUCAAUCCAGUCGCUUGAGAUCUUCUCUUAGUGCUCGUGACAUUCCACCACAAGACUUGAAUAUGAUGCCGGAAUUUGAUGGCCAGCAACAUCUCUUGAAUGAUCUGGGCUGUUUCUCACAGCCCCGUCCUGGUGCUGUUGCUUUGAACCGAUCUGGUCGGUCCAAGACACUAACUCCAUCUAAUCUUGAAGAGCUAUUUUCUAAUGAAAUUUCUUCAUCUCCUCGGUACUCUGAUCCAGCAGCGGGAUCUGUUUUUUCUCCCACACACAAAUCUGCUGUUCUCAAUCAGUUUCAACAGCUUCAAAGUAUGCUGUCACCCAUAAAUACAAAUGUUUUGUCUCCUAAGGGUGCUGAGCAUCCUCUAAUGCAGGCUCCAUUUGGUGUGCCUUCCCCUGGGAGGAUGUCACCCAGAAGUGUGGAUCCAAUCUCUCCUAUGAGCUCUCGGUUAUCUCCAUUUGCUCAGCGUGAGAAACAGCAGCAGCAACAGCUGCGAAGUCUUAGUUCAAGGGAUCUUGGUUCCAAAAUUCCUGCUUCAGUUGUUGGUUCUCCUGGGAACUCGUGGUCUAAUUGGGGAUCUCCUACUGGGAAAGUUGAUUGGUCAAUGAAUGGAGAUGAGUUGGGUCGAUUGCGGAAAUUUUCUUCAUUUGAGCACGGGAACAAUGGGGAAGAGCCUGAUCUAUCUUGGGUUCAGUCCCUUGUUAAAGAAUCCCCACCUGAGAUGAUGAAAGAGAAGCUGGCAGCUUCUGGUCCCAUGGCAUCUGCGGAAAAACUGAAUUCAAUGUCUCAAGUCGAGUCCAUGGAUAAUUCUGUGGUAGGAGCUUGGCUUGAGCAAAUGCAGCUGGAUCAGCUUGCUGUCUAGUCAAUCUGACCCUUUACAUCUUGUUGAGAUAGGUAAUUAAUUUGAUGAGGUAUUAUAUUCGUUUGGCGAAUUUUUUUGCGUGGGUGGCAAGAAGGGAUUUAGCAAGAGUGGUGCUGAAGCAGAGGUUGAUUGCAAACUUGUUGAAGAAUAUUCUAUUUCUUUUCAUUUCAAAAUUUUAUCAAUUAUUAUUUUACUACAGAGCUUAAAAGAGGGGAAUAAGCCUCUCGCCUUGCCAAUAUUUCAAUAGAAAGGAACAUCCUGUCGAGGUUAGUUGUUUUUCUUCCGAAAUCCCCCGUUUCAGGAUCUUCAGUUUGUUCAUUUUACCUCUACCCCCAUUUCAAAGAAAGCUGGAUGGGUUAUGCUGCAAGAAAACCAAGCAGCUGUAUUUGUUUUCAUGUUAAUCUUUCUAAUGUUUACCUAGCUGUAAUUUUCUAUUUGCAUAUACAAAGUCGAGUUUCUUCUGGAGGGAUCGGUGAUCUGUACCAUUGAAUAUUUAUUGCUGGCAGAUCGUUAGACAUAGUGAGGACUGAGGAUAUUAUGUCUUUUGACGCUGUAUAAAUUGAAUUGUACUGGUUAUAUAAAUUCAAUGCAAUUUCUUUUUCCUCUUUUU